CAAAUUCAAACCUCAGUAAAUAUAAGAUCUAAUUUAAUGUGAAAUGUUGUAGUUUUAUUUAUACUUAGUUAUUUCCUUCUUCACUUACUUCCUAUAAUCAACUACAAACAGGUCAACCAAAUGUUGUUUUUAUGCAAAAUGGACAAUCUCCUGGAGCACCAUUAACUUGUGUAUGUACACAGAAUCCAAAUCCAGGUUUAGGUGCCUUUAAUUCUGGUAUAUCAUCAUCAUCUAUUAUUGGUCAAUCAUCUGGACAAUCAACAUCUUUCAAUGUUCCUGAAAAUGUACCCAUUGAUAAUAUCCUUCGUCAACUUGGUAUUGAUCCACAUACUAUCCAACGUUCUGCUACUUUUCCAUCCUCAGAUCCACAUAAUGUCGUUUCAAAUGUAUGGAAUGCUGCUUCUCAUGCAAAUCCACCACAUUCAAUAAAUCCUGGCUCGUCAGUAUCACACGUGUGGAAUGCUGCUACUCAUGCAAAUCCACCACAUCCAUUAAAUCCUAACUCGGCAGUGUCACAUGUGUGGAAUGCUGCUACUCAUGCAAAUCCACCACAUCCAUUAGAUCCUAACUCGGCAGUGUCACACGCAUGGAAUGCUGCUACGCAUGCAAAUCCACCACAUCCAUUAGAUUCUGGCUCAGCAGUAUCACAUGUGUGGAAUGCCGCAGCACACAAUGCUGAUCAUAAUCGACCAGUUUCUCCUUCCGUAGGACGUGCUUGGGAUAGAAUCGAACAAUAUCUUCAUCCACAAUCUGGCGAUGCAGUUCGAUCUGUAUGGAAUCAUAUUCCUCAUCAGUCUUCACCACCUCCUUCUUUUAAUUAUCCUCCACCAAGGAACUAUUCACCUCCUCCUCCUGGAAAUUAUCCACCAUCAAAUUAUCCACCUCCAAAUUAUUCUCCACCACCACCAUCAAACUAUCCACCUCAAAAUUAUUCUCCACCACCACCAUCAAACUACCCACCUCAAAAUUAUUCUCCACCACCACAACAACCGCCACCAUCAUCAUAUCCACCACCUGGAGGACCAAAUAGUUCCGGAGCUAGUGUUUUAUCUCGUCUUUUUGGUGGAGGUCGAUAG